AUGUUGCCCAAGGUCAGACCUUCCCUGCAGCUCCUGUGCCACCUCAUCACCAACUACACACCCCUUCUGCACGACAACGACGUCGGGCGUCGGUACAACCAAUGGCCCAACAAAACCAUCCACCACAGCCACCGGGGGAACAAACGUGGCGACCACCGGAGCCCCGGCGGCCCCCGCACCUCCCGCAGGCGGCGGAGCGACCACCGGAGCCCCGGCGGCCCCCGCACCAGGCGGCGGAGCCCACCGGAGCCCCGGCGGCCCCCGCACCACCCCAGGCGGCGGAGCGACCACCGCCGGAGCCCCGGCGGCCCCCCACCUCCCGCAGGCGGCGGAGCGACCACCGGAGCCCCGGCGGCCCCCGCGCACCACCCGCAGGCGGCGGAGCGACCACCGGAGCCCCGGCGGCCUCGGGAGCGGCCUCCCCCCGCAGCGGCCCGCCUCCCCCCCGCCCCUCCGGGCAGGAGCGGACCAGAUGCCCCUCCGCUCCACAGCCAAAGCACUUCAUGGUCUCCGUGGAGGCGAAAACCAUGUAAUUGA